AUUUUAACAAAUUUUAAAAUAAAAACUAACCUCGGAGUCCCAAACCUCACGCGUACCGCGCAAAGUUGCAAGACUCCAAGGCACAUCCUGUUGCCACACAACCACGUGCUGCAAACUACCACGCCCAUCGGAUGGCAGCAUUCCUGCAGAGUCUCCGACAGUAUGCACUACUGCUGCCACGCUACACCAUAAUGGCAUGCACAUGGAUCCUAUUCAACACAAUGGCGUGGGCGUGGUGGCUCUUCAACAACCGACGCUGGGGCCCUGUCCCUCAAAUAAGAGACCCCCUCCUACUCAAGUCGGCCACGCAACUAGCAAGAAUGGUGAGAUCAAGAGAGAUGACGUCAUCAGAAAUCGUCAAUCGAUUUAUUGCUCGCAUCGAGGAGGUGAACCCACACAUACAGGCGAUCGUAUACACAAUGUAUGAUGCAGCGAGGGCGACCGCUCGGGAUGUCGAUCGGGUGAUUGCCGAGGGACUCGCCGAGAGUGAUGAAUAUUGUGUAGAGCGAAGGCCACUGUUGGGUGUACCGUUCACUGUGAAGGAGGCUUUUGAAUUGAAUGGGAUGCCGAAUUCGUCGGGUCUGGUCGCUCGACGGUCAGUAUGUAGCAAUCGGUCUGCGCCGUGUGUUCGUCAUCUGAUCGACGCCGGAGCCAUUCCCGUGGCCGGGACGAAUUGUAGUGAACUGUGUAUGUGGUUUGAGACGAGUAAUCGAUUAUAUGGUCGGACGUGUAAUCCGUACGACGUCAGACGGAUUGUCGGUGGUAGCAGUGGCGGCGAGGCAGCGAUCGUCGCCGCUGGUGGCUCGCCGUUUGGAGUUGCUGCGGAUGUCGGUGGGAGUAUCCGCAUGCCAGCGUUUUUCAAUGGAGUCUUCGGGCAUAAAGCGAGUCCGGGUUUGGUGAGUAAUCUCGGUCAGUGGCCAGCCGCACGAGAGAACACGGUCGGCAGGCGGUUGCUGGCGUCGGGUCCGAUAUGUCACCACGCCGAAGACCUUCCACUUCUUGUGCAUGUGAUGUCUCGUCAGUGGAAAUAUUGCGACGACGAUGACAACCAACUGGUCAACGACGAAACCUGUUGCUAUGACGACCACAAGAUUUAUUACAGUGGUGAAGCCGACGAUCAAGCAUCCGCACCUAUUAAUAUCAACCUCACAAAGGAUACCGUUUUGUCUCACUUGACGGUCGUUUCAGUGGAGGACGAUUGUGGGUAUUGGCUCACUUCGUCGGUUGAUCCGAAUCUCAAAGCAGCGCAACUGCGAUUGUGCGAUCACUUGGAGACGGUCGGGGCACGCGUACGACACGUCACGUUCCAUCGUUUCAAGUACGCGAUUCCGAUGUGGCUGGAAGCAAUGAAGGACAUGCACGGACCGUUGUUUGCCACUCUAAUGGGACACGACAAAGGAACGAUCAAUCCAUUCUGGGAGUUCCUCAAGUGGAUCCUCCAGCUAUCGGACCACACUCUACCAGCAAUUGGCCUCGCGUUGCUAGAAAAACUGGAGCGGAUGCAGCCGAGCCGAGUGGCCGAGAAAGCGAGGCAACACUUGAAACGUCUUCGCACUGAAUUGUUGGCUCUGCUUGAUGAUCACUCGGUGUUACUCUAUCCGUCGCAUCCUCUAGUUGCUCCUCGUCACAACGAGCCGUUGUUCACUCCGAUGAACUACGCAUACACUGCGGUCUUCAACGCGUUGGGAUUUCCUGUCACACAGUGUCCUCUCGGACUGACAAAGGAGGGACUCCCGUUGGGAGUUCAAGUCGUUGCAGCACCGGCACGUGAUCAUCUCACGUUAGCUGUCGCACAAGAGAUCGAGAGGAAGUUCGGAGGGUGGCACCCACCGGGACAUGGUCUAGUUGAUAUCAACUAAAACAUCAAAUUUGUUUACGGAUUGAUGUUAUGGUUUGCUAUUAUAUGAAAUCAUUGUACUCGACAAAUACGAUUAUAACUAUUUAAUAUCAAUGUUACCACUAUCACUAAAUGUAC